CGCCGCUCUACCUGUUGAGCUACCAAGCCCACGCAAUGCUUAGCGUGGUAGUUGGAUUUGAUGUUGGUCCUUUGAAUGAUAAUGCUAAGUCUAAAGGUUUUGUUGGUCCCAGAUCCUCAGCAUUUAGUGAAAACUUCUCUCCUUCCUAUACAGGCAGCAAAAAUUUUGUCUCUGUGUUUGCUGUAUUUUUUCCAGCAGCCACUGGAAUCUUAGCUGGUGUAAAUAGUUCUGGAGAUUUGAGAGAUGCUCAAAAAGCCAUUCCUAAAGGAAUAUUUCUUGUGAUUGGUCUAACUGCGGUAGUUUAUGUACUCUUAGGGAUCAUGUCAGGAUCUUGUACAUUGCGGGAUGCUACAGGAAUUAUUAACGACAGAAUGACAUGUUCCAUGAUGGAAUGCAAGUAUGGACUGAAUAACGAUUUUCAGGCUGAAGAAUCAACCUUAGCUGUUGGGCAAGCAUUUACAUUGGCAUACAAACGUUUUAAAGAAAAUCAGGCUGUUGCAGGAAACGAUGUCAAUGAAAUGAAAGAACGUGUUGAAACUGCAGAAAAAGAAAAUGAAGUCUUAAGAAAAAAACUUGAAGAAUUGGAAAAAAUAAAUAAAAAGCAGGCAACGAAUACCCGACCAUCAUUAGCUUCCAUUGCUAAACCUCGAGUAAAUGAGAACAACCAUCAAACAUUUGAUUCAUAUGCCGAGAAGACUGCACCUGUGUUUGAGUCAUCCUCCUUUGACAUCCAAAGCCCCUCUCCGUUCCCCACGGAACACAGAUCAUUACCCCCUAGUAUUGCAUCCAAUCCAUUUGCAAUGUCAGCAGCCGAGUCCCAUGCAGCACAAAGUCAUAAAAAUGAUGGCGAUCUCCUUGGCGUGUACGGAAGCAAGGAAUCUUUAACUGGUGUUUCGUCGAAUGAUGUCAACAAUAUGUUUGAUCCACUCGCUGAAAUAGAUAACAAUAGUCAAGUAUCUCAGUCAGAACAAAGUGCUGUUGCUCAGAAUGAACACAUUUACGCAACUGUAUCUCGACCAAAACCUGCACCUUUAUCUACAGGUUUAUUACCACCUCCACCAUCAAAACAAAGCAUUAUGGAGAAAAACAGGAAUUCUGGUAACAAAGUCAAGUCCAACAACGGCAGUUUUACUAAUUCCGGAUUAGGCAUGCAGACAAAUUCACCCACAACAUUUGAAAGUCAGAAUGACGUGCAAAAUAACCUGGUUAUUUUUUAA